ACCACACAGUACCUCAGGCUAUGCACGGAUAAGAGUCAAACUGGUCUGGUGUAUUGUUCAUCAUGAAGGAGGGUCAAGCCUGCGACCUGAGGCAGUAAAAGACUGGACCAGAUUGAUAUGGACAUUCAGAUACAACACUGCAGGUCUCACCAAUGGACAACGAAACUUCCCCCGAACUCGAGUGCAACCAGACCGCGGCGUGGUCCUGGCUCUACUCCAUGCAGCCCUUCUACAUGUCCACCAUCUGCUUCCUGGGCAUCCUCGGAAACGCCUUCGUCCUCGCCGUUUUCAUCCUGGAGAAGCAUCGCCGCUCCGUAGCCGACAUAUACCUGGGCAACCUCGCUUUGGCCGACCUCCUCAUGCUGUCCUGCCUGCCCUUCUGGGUGGUCGCCAUCGUCAACAGAUUCCACUGGACGUUCGGCCAAGCCAUGUGCCAGAUCGUCAACGUGGUUAUCGGGAUGAAUUACUACUGUAGCGUCCUGUUCCUUACGUUGGUGAGCGUGGACCGCUACCUCGUCUUGACGCAGCCUCUGUCGCACGGAAGGCACCGUCAGGCGAUUUGGGCGAAGAUCAUUUGCGCCGUCAUCUGGAUCGCCGGGGUUUUGCUGAGCUUCCCCGCGAUUUUGUUCCGUUCCGUGCGAUACCUUCCGCAUCUUGACGUAGAAGCGUGCUACCUCGAAUACCCGCACGACGGAUGGAGGUUACGCUUCAAUUUCACCGUGAUCAUCGUCGGGUUUCUCAUCCCCGUUCCAGUCGCGUCGUACACGAGCUUCCACAUCGUCAAAGUUCUCCGUAACAGCCAAAAUAUCAGUAACAAGGGCAAAGGCACGGAAAGGAAAGCGGCGUUUCUCGUGCUGAUCGUGCUCGCCGUGUUUAUCGUCUGCUGGCUUCCGUAUCAGGUUGUUAUUUUCUUGGACACGUUGGAUUAUUUUAACGUUGUCGCCGGAUGCACGUGGGGGGAUGUGCUGGACAUUGGCGAACAGUUGGCGACGUACGUUGGCUACAGCAACAGCACCCUGAACCCGUUUUUGUACGUGAUCGUGGGGAAGCAGUUUAAGCAAAGAGCGAAAGAUGUUUUAAAAGUUUUCUGGUGCAAGAGGUGGGACAGAGGCAGGUCCGGUUAUUCCAACGGGAACGUCACGUCCAGACAAUGUGAGAGCUCGAAGAUUUAAAAAUCUGUGUAUCGUUCGUUCAUUUGUCUUUCAAAAUAAAACCAAAAAUAAGGAAAUGAAAAAACAUCAAUUUUAUUCAUUAUUUGUCUUCAAAACCAAAAUGAAAAAGCAGAUAACAAUUCAUUUUUUCAGUUUUCGAUUUUGUGUUUAAAUGAAAAAAAUGGAAAAAACGGAUAACGGCCGUUUCCUAUUUCCGUGACUUAAACUGUGAUGCCGGACUUUUGCACCUUAUAUGGACUGAACUAGGUUUAAACCAGGACUAAACCCGGACUGAACCAGGUCUAAACCAGGACUGAACCAGGACUGAACCAGGUCUAAACCAGGACUAAACCCGGACUGAACCAGGUCUAAACCAGGACUAAACCAGGACUGAACCAGGUCUAAACCAGGACUAAACCAGGACA